CGCAUUAAUAUCAACCGCGUCGCUUUGGCCACUCGCCACACGCUUGUUCCCCUACCACGACCAGGGUCCCAGUAUCCCCAAACGCCUCGAUAAACGCACAGAGCAUUACUUACUGCGCGUUGCCACGUCUGUCUACGUGUUCUUAACACCGUGAUCGUCUCAUUGUGACUCCUUCGUGUUCAUUUCUCUGCUUGUCGCGACUCCCCAUCGACGCGUCGACAAUGGCGUUCGCAUUCUUCAAAAGGAUCAGAAAGGCAUUUAAGAAGAGACUACCUUAUAUCUUGGUUAUAAUACAGCCACAUCCAGAGCUGUCGGAGGCGUUAUGCGGCCACCAAGCGACACCUUUGUCAUACGACAUUGUCACUCUUGAGAGUACGCAAAUCCAUACGGACGAACCGGACGAGAGUGUCCGUUCGGUGAGUGACCAAUCGCCAGGUCCGUAUCGAUCUGUGUGCUCACCGUAUAUUGCCUCGAUUGUCACCUUGUCGCCGCCACAGCGGGAGUUCUGCACUUGCUCGCAAAACAGACAGCACGAGAUAGGUUGCACUAUGGGCAUUAGGCGCGAAGGUAACGGCCCUACUUUCUACUGCAUGGUCGAAGGCGAGGACGUCAAGAUCCAUCCGCCGCCUUUCGAGAUCUUGCGCCAGCUAAAGAAAGAGCAAACGAUGGCAGAUGCGCUUGAUCUUGAGUACAAGCUCAAGACCGGCGUGAUUCAAUGGCAGGAGGUCGCUGAGAUGAGCAUGGCGGAAUCUGGGAUCAUGUCAGAAUCGGAAUGGGGUACUGUCGAAACUGACACGCCAUCCGCCGAAUGGGAGCACGGCUAUGGCGGGCGUCUCUGUGACUCCGGCUGGCCCAAUUCUCAGCGGAGCAGCGAGCAGCACAACUAUCACGAGGAUGCAUUCGAGGGAGGCCACCGCAACUUGGCCAUUCCCUCCCAGCUUUCUUCCUCCUCACUGGUCCAAUCGCCCUCCAUGCUGCCUCGCAACAAUCAUCUGGACGGGAUAGACUUCGACCUAUUGGAUCUGGCAAUGGAUUCACUGGAUCGACUGCAGGAGGUUCUGGAUGAGGCUUUGGAGGAAGGAGAGGCGAAGGAUGGCUACGCGGACGUCGUCGAAGCUGAGGGCAGCGGGUGGCCAACUGUUGCACGGAAGAGGAUACAAGACGUGGAAUAGAUAAGAAUCAUUUUCGUGUGGUACAAUUGCGAUCGGCAGGAGAUUAGGGGAAGGGGCACACGCAGAGGAGGACAUGAUGUAGUAGGUAGCGAGCCUAUUUGAGAGAAAGUAUUCAGCUUC